GUUGCAAGCGGCCUUGUAGCUGGGAGCAUCGCUCCAGGACCCCCUCCCUCCCCGCCACACCCUGGCUGCCCGCUCCCGCCAGGCCUUGCCGGACCCGGCGGCGUCUACUCUUCCCUGUCACCCACAGUCGCCCACGGGCGGGGAUCGGCACCCCAAGCGCAAAGCUGACGUGCCCCCCCUUCCGUGCCGUCCCCCCCAUCUCCCACCGCCCAGUCCCCGGCAGCGAUGAGACAGAGCGGCACCUCCCAGCCCCUGCUGAUCAACAUGUACCUGCCAGAUCCCGUCGGAGAUGGUCUUUUUAAGGAAGGGAAGAGCCCGAGCUGGGGGCCGCUGAGCCCUGCGGUACAGAAAGGCAGCGGGCAGAUCCAGUUGUGGCAGUUUCUCCUGGAGCUGCUGGCCGAUCGCGCGAACGCCGGCUGCAUCGCGUGGGAGGGCGGCCACGGCGAGUUCAAGCUCACCGACCCCGACGAGGUGGCGCGGCGCUGGGGCGAGCGCAAGAGCAAGCCCAACAUGAACUACGACAAGCUGAGUCGCGCGCUGCGCUACUACUACGACAAAAACAUCAUGAGCAAGGUACACGGCAAGCGCUACGCCUACCGCUUUGACUUCCAGGGCUUGGCGCAGGCUUGCCAGCCACCACCAGCGCACGCCCACGCCGCUGCGGCCGCCGCGGCCGCCGCGGCCGCCGCCCAGGACGGCGCCCUCUACAAGCUCCCGGCCGGCCUGGCCCCGCUGCCCUUCCCCGGCCUCUCCAAACUCAACCUGAUGGCAGCUUCGGCGGGCGUCGCGCCCGCUGGCUUCUCCUACUGGCCCGGCCCGAACGCCACCGCCGCUGCCGCCGCCACCGCCGCGCUCUACCCCACCCCGGGCUUGCAGCCUCCUCCUGGGCCCUUCGGCGCGGUGGCCGCCGCUUCGCACUUGGGGGGUCAUUAUCACUAGAGGGGACGGUCGGGAGUUGGGGGCGGACAGCGGGGGCCUCUUCCACACGGCCCAGUGACCAAUCCCAUCCUCAUCCUGGGAGGAGCCCCGAAGCUUCCCCCCUCCACCCCCCGACGGUCCUUUAACACAGAUUUUACUGCAGCCGCUGCGAAGAAAGGGUGGGAAGCCUCUGAGGUCUUCCCUGAACACCAGGCUUCCAGGCCCCCAGUAUCUUCGCCCCAGGAGGGAUGCAUGGGCUCCCACUUUAAUUUUUCUCUCCCAGGUCUCCAGAUUCUGGGACUCCCGUGUCUUUUUCUCUUCUCACCUGCACACCCCUGCCUCCUUCUUUACGAUCCCUAUUUUUCUGUUUUUUCCUUUUCUUUUCUUUUUUUCUCCUCAUUUUUUCUCUCUCCCGCGACCUACUCCAAACGGUAGUACCUCGAGGCCUCUCACGCUCCCCUUUUCGGGAUAUGAGAAGCCUCGAUAAAAAUCUCUGCCGUCCUCCAUCCCUAUUCCAACACUCUGACUUCCCUUUCUCCCAUACCCCCCUACACUCUGGCCUAAGGACCCCAGCCUGUAUCCCUUUCAACCCCAUUAAAGCUCCCAAGCUCCC